AUGGCCGCAGCCUCCACAGACUCCGGGCAAGGUGCCACCAAGAUCACCCCCGAAGCGCUGCAGGAGAUGCUGCGCUACUACAACCUGAGCCGCCGGGAGUUCAUCAACACCUACAACAUCCAGCCUCUCGUCUACAUCCCCGAGCUGCCGUACAGCGCCAAGACCACCUUCGUGAUCAUGUACGCGGUGAUCUUCGUGCUGGCGCUGGCGGGGAACACGCUGGUCAUCUACAUAGUGCUGAAGAAACGUGCGAUCCACACGGCGACGGAUAUCUUCAUCUGCUCGCUGGCGGUCAGCGACCUGCUCAUCACCUUCUUCUGCGUCCCGUUCACCCUGCUGCAGAACAUCUCCUCGGAGUGGUUCGGAGGGGUUCUGGUUUGCAAGACGGUUCCCUUUGUACAGACUACAGCAAUAGUGACUGGCAUCCUCACAAUGACCUGCAUUGCCAUUGAGAGAUACCAGGGCAUUGUCUUUCCCCUGAAGAUGAGGAGGCAGUACUCGUCCAAACGAGCAUACAAGAUGCUAGGGCUUGUAUGGAUUGCCUCAGUGAUCGUGGGUUCACCGAUGCUGUUUGUGCAGCAGCUAGAGGUGAAGUACGACUUCUUGUACGAUCACUACCACGUGUGCUGUCAGGAGAGUUGGCACUCUGUGACUCACCGGCAGACCUACACCACCUUCAUCAUGGUGGCUCUGUUCCUGCUCCCCUUGGCCGCCAUGCUGUUCCUUUACACGCGCAUCGGGAUCGAGCUGUGGAUCCGCAACAGGGUGGGCGACUCCUCAGUCCUCAACACCAUGAACCACAGGGAGAUCAGCAAGAUCUCCAGGAAAAAGAAAAGAGCUGCCAAAAUGAUGAUCACCAUCGUCCUGUUAUUCACGAUUUGCUGGGCACCGUUCCACACGGUCCACAUGCUGUUCGAGUACUAUGACCUGGAGAAGAAAUACGACGGAGUCACAAUCAGCAUGAUCAUCGCUGUUGUUCAGGCCAUCGGGUUCUUCAACAGCUUCAACAAUCCCAUCGUGUACGCCUUCAUGAACGAGAACUUCAAGAAGAGCUGCAUCUCCACCCUCUCCGAGUGCGUCAGGAAGCACAACCAGCCAGGCCGCGGUGUGGUGGCUCCUAAAAUCAGCGUGAAGUUCGUCAAACCCCAAAGCAGAGAGGCAUUCGCAGAUUCGGUGGCAGGACACAGCCCGAACCAGAACUCCAAGGACAAAGUUCCCUCGAAUCCACUGCACAGAGACCGCGCCCUGGAAGUGAUAGUAGAAAAGAUCUCCACCAUCCAAACUGAGCUGCCUGGAAGCAGCUCCUCCCAGGUCAAAUGA